GUGAGGCACUUGUCGCCCUUCACCAGUGUUAGUGAUACACGGGCGUUUCUGCCCUUAACACCUGGACAUGUACAGCUUGAUGCCACGGAUUCCAGAGUACCCUGGAGGGUAUUUUAUUUGUCAAGGAAGCAUAAUUAUGUUACUCAUCCAGUGGGCAAGAAUGGUGCAGCUGGCCUGUGGUUGCCUCAAUAUUCGCCUACAUGUGCAAGAAACGGCUGACACUCUGGUGACAGGGAUACCCAACCUUACUCUAGAAGAGAGCCAACACCCAUUUUUCUUCAAGGGUGCAUGGUUGGUCACAUUGAGCUUAGGUGGCAUAGCAGAGGGACAGAAGUUUUUGGUCCGUAGCUCUCGUGUUGGUGGGUGGACCGUACGAGAGUGUCUGAACUGCCACCAAAUGACAUAUGCCACUCAAGGUACUAGUGGAGCAGUUGUGGCCAGCACUUCAAUGAUAAAUGAUGCCAGUAAGAUCCUGAUGCUACAGAGAUGCGAAGGUUACUCUCCAGUCUUUUGUAUGGUCCUUCCUACAUCCAUAGAUAAUCGCCCUCUACCACCACUAUCACCUACUGACUUUUCCAAUGAACGAUCACCACAAACUGAAGAAGCUCUCGGUACCAUUCAGCAACAGGUGACGAGGUUUCUCAAAAAAGCAGAAUCACAAGUUGAAACCAAUAUUCGUGCAUAUACGGAUCAGCAGCAGACAGCACUUCAUGCUCUCCAAACACGAGCACGCAGGGAUAGACAGACUGUCAUGAGACUUCUUGCUAAUAUUCAGAGGACUAUAGAAUCACAAAUGGAAGAUGAUCCUUUAGCCACUUUUGAGAUGGAUGAAGCAAGUGGAUGUAUGAGAAGAAUGGACUCCUUCAAUCCUAUGGAAAGAGAGACGAUUGAGAAAGAGCUUGACGACGAAGUUGAAGACGACAUAACAUUAGCUGCUGACGAGCCUGACCAUAUGCUGCCACCAUUGGUCAGUGUCCAGAGCAGGACCUCACAACCUGUGAGUGUAAACCCAGUACAAGGAAUAACGGGAGGGAUGCGUAACAUGCGGCUUUCAUCGUCGGUAGCCGUACCAAAAGUAAAGCCACAGGGUAAUGUCCGUGUAGCCCAGUCUUUGGAUGUGGAAGGGUUGUUUGAAAUGGAAGGAAUGAUGGAGGCACACAUAAUGGCACCACAAGACAACUUCCCCUCGGAUGAUGACGACACUGAUGAUUCAAAUCAUGAUGAAGGGAUUCAUAUUCCUGGUGGCCAAGUGGCAGGCCGAGACUUGGCACAGUCUGUCCCAGUCAGUGUACCAAUGUGGCCUAAUUCUAGGCCCAAAAUACCACAAGAGCCUCAGUGUAUAGAGAGACCAAGUGACACAGAUCAGAUGGCUGCAUCAAUCAGGGCUCUGGCACGGAGUGUUCACAGCACCUCUGUAGACCUGUUUGGUGACCUUCCCCGACCACGUCAACCAUUUUGAAAAUUAAAUGAUCUCGGAAACCUCAGGCUCUCUGACAUGUAAUGAGAUUGACUGUAAGUGACCAAUGACAUGUUGGCUGAAAAAUACUCUAUCUGAAAUGUGAGUAAUUAAGGCUAUUUUAUGUCCCAUCCAGCACUUGACAGAGGAAUAAUGGCUGUCAUAGUGGAUUCUGCAGUGUUUUAUGGAAGUUCUAUUUUCUUCUUAGCAAAGGGAUAUAGUGUAAGUAUCAGCAGUACAUUAAAGUGCUGAAAUUGUUUUUGAAGUUUUUGGUGUCUAGUUAACAAGUUCAAGAAGAUUGUUACAUAUCUACAAUACCCCGUGAUGAGUUGGAAUGACAUAAAUAAUUGUUACUCUCAGUUUUUAGUAAAAGGAUUAUGUAAGGCUAAUUAAUAUUUAAAAGGCAUAUUUGGCAUGAGUGCAAGUAAACUGUCUUCUAUUGUAUCAUUGUACAAUAAGACUGCAUAAUAUAUUAUGUGUAAAUUUAAGUGGAAAGUUGUAAUGAAUUCUAUAGUAGUCUUAACAUAUUUGUUUAGGAAAUCGUUAAUGAAAGAUAUAGAUGUGUUGAGCACAUUAACAGCACUAUUGUAGUUAUUCAUCAUUAUUUAAUUUAAUAGCUAAUGUCAGGUAUAAUCUGGCAGUAUUAAGAUAAUUUUAUCGGUUUUAAUGAAAUAGCUGAUUUUAGGGGGGUGGGUUAUGCUGGGCUUGUAGUAGAUGUUUAAUUACUAGUAUAUAACAAAUCUGUCUUAAACAAGGAAGAGUAGCAGUGAGCCACAUUUUAUUGCUCCUUUCAAGGAUAUAUUAAAUCAAUUUAAUGGUAAUUUUAUAAAUUCAGAUUGUCAUGUACUGUAAUUUCUGUAUACUGUACUUGCGGAUGUUGCUAAUUAUUUAAUAAAUUUUAGUUUCCUUA